AUGAGUGAGCUAUCAAAGGGGACCGGUAUAGAGAAUUAUGAGGUGCGGCAUUUGCUGGGAAAAGGAGGAUUUGCCUGUGUUUAUUCGGGUUACGACAAAGUAAAGAAAAUCGAAGUGGCAAUCAAAAUGAUAGAACAGAAAAAGAUUAAAUCGGGACAUUUGUACAACAGAGUGAAGCAGGAGGUGGCCAUUCACUUCAGACUCAAACAUCCAUCGGUCCUGGAGCUGUAUGAUGUUUUCCAAGACUCGAACUAUGUGUACUUGAUACUUGAGCUGUGUCACAAUGGCCAGAUGCAGCAGUAUCUUGACACUCAUUCCAAGACCCUGACGGAAGAUGAAGCUCGGGCGGUCAUGCAUCAGGUUAUUGAGGGAAUCCUUUAUUUGCACUCCCAUGGAAUUGUCCACCGAGAUCUGUCUCUGGCCAAUCUGUUGCUAACCAAGGACAUGCAUGUGAAAAUCUCAGAUUUUGGUGUGUCAACAACAUUAGAGGAUCCCAACCAGAAGCACUACACCAUGUGCGGGACACCAAAUUACAUGUCUCCGGAGAUUAUCACAAGAAGUGCACAUGGCCAGGAGACAGAUGUCUGGUCACUUGGUGUUAUGCUGUAUAUAUGCCUAGUGGGGAAACGUCCCUUUGAGUCUGGCGGCGUGCACAGUACACUCAAACGAGUGGUACAAGGAGAAUACGAACUGCCUGGCACAUUAAGUCCUGAAGCUAGUGACCUCAUUCAGAAAAUGCUUCGCAAAGCUGAAAAUCGGAUUUCAAUACAAGAUAUUCUUACACAUCCUUUCAUGAGGGUGAAACCAGCGGCCGCCAAAAUAACAAACAAGAUAGCGGAUAUGUCCAUGGAUAGUGGCUGCGGGACAAUCUCGUCCACAAAACACAGCACUAGCAGCAGCAGCAGCAACCUCUAUGCCCCCAGCAGGAGAAACCAGCCCAUGCCUGCCUUCCCGCUGCAGCAGUUCGAGACACACAAAGAAGAAAAUAGAUCCAACAUGAGUAUCGGUUCAAGCUCCAGUGGCAGCAGGAGCCUGUCGUACAUCAGUCAAAGUUCCUCUCUCAGUGAUCGACAUCCUCCAAGUCCUCCGGUCCGAGAAAGAGAUAGCCAAAGUGAGGAAGAGCUUCGAAGAUCCAAGGCAGCCAUGAGGAACAUCAAAAAACAUUUGUCUCAGCCCCAAAAUAUUCACUCCGCAGCUCACAGGGAAGUAGAAGCUAAGUCUGCAGCCACAAAUCAGCCACAUUUUCACUCUUUACAAUCAAAUGAUCAUCAGACCGCUCAAAGGCAGUAUCAAACUUUCGACCCUCGUAGGUAUAAAGAUCCUGAUUGCAGUAGUAAUUAUAACAACUCAGGGUUACAGCCGGUGCAGCACAGUGAAAGGGUAGAUCAGUACAGAGGCAGUCAACAGUUACAGCAGAUGUCGCAGAAUAUUUCGGUGGAUCCACAAAAUAUGCAGACGCAAGAUCUGGCCUGUACAGUUUAUAACUUCGUAGCUAAAGAUGAAACUCAGAAACGGCUGAAGAACUCCCAGCCGGUGGAGCUUUUUUCAAGUCCCGAACCAGCCAGCAGAAAAGUCAAGUUGACGGAGAAGGAGAUGCAGCAUUGUCUGACGACAAAGAAGAAGACAACUCUCAAAAGUGAUAAGAAACGAGCUUCACCAGAGCUGUACAGUUUAGGACCUGCGUUCAGUACUCAGGGUUUAACUCCCUUACGACAGAAGAGCAGCGUUGCUGUGAUGAACAUCCUGGAGAGUGGGAAUAUUGUUGUGGAGUUCACCGUGAAGAAAGGACAGGUGGAGACAGUCUCGGAUGUCAUCAUCAUCAGCUCUGAUGGCAUGCAGGUAACAAGAUACAAGCCGGAAGUUGCUAUCCCAGUAGGUGACCAUCCGACACUGAUCCCAGAGCAUUGCGAAACAUUUGUGUACCCACAUUUCCCUGAGAAGUUGGUCAAAAAGUAUAUGUUUGCUGCCAAAAUGGUGAAAAUCCUCAAGGACAAACUUCCCAAGGUGACCAUAUACACAAGCAGGGCUAAGUGUUGCCUGACUGAGUCCUCCAGUUUUAGUGUGGAGUUCUACGAUGGUGUCAGGGCUCUUUCAGAUGGUAAAAGUGUGCAGAUUAUAGAUUCAGACGGGACCUCCCUGACCUUGACCUCAGCUGAGCUGAAUCCCAGACUGAGUCAGGAAACUCUAGAGAUGCUGGAGUAUGUGCAGCAAUGCCGUGAUCUGUGCAUCAAGAUAGACCAGGCAAUCUCCUCUGUUCAGGCACUUGUUCCUGGAACUGACCGUCUGUUUCCCAUCACAAUUGGCAGCACUUCUGCUCCUCUGCGUUUGAAACCAGCACAGGGAAGCGGAAGUGACUCUAAUGCUCAUAAACAAAUGACAGGAGACAGUGCAACCACCUGUGCCUUGACUUCGAUGUCCCAGAUGUCUUCUCCUAGCAACUCUGACAGCAGCUUAGCCCGUGCUGAGUUGCCAGGUUCUGAUGUCAGAUGCCAGACUUUUGUGCCAGGAGUGGGUUGGGCAUCGCAAAAGGCAAACGGAGACACGUCGAUUCUUUUCCAAGAUGGCACGCGUCUUGGUCUAACGGCAACAAAAGUCAUAUAUUGUACGCUGUCUGGGAGUUCCAGCGAAUAUAGCCGACGAGAGGAUUUUCCUGUUGAAGUCAGGAAUAAAUUAGUUCACGUGGGCGAGGUGGUGAAAAUAAUUCAAGCAAAGUCUCAGGUGACAUCGACAUCAGCCCGGUCAUCUUCCUCGUCAUCAGCGAAAUGA